UUCAACAUUAAGUGUCUUUUCAAAAUUGCCAACAUUAAAAUUUAAACUGUGAAGACUCUUUGGAAAGCAUGACGGAAAAAGAUCCAAAUAAAUUAUGGGUGCCACCAUUGGCAGUGCCGGACGAGGAGUAUGGUUUGGGAUACCAAAAUACUUUGAUGUAUGGUCGCUAUACAAAAGAUCUAAGUCAAUAUGCGAAAUCAGAAGCUAAAAGAUUAGAAAAAUUAAGACGAGAAUCUCCAUUGAGUGAUGUAGGAUUGGAUAAACCAGCAAAAAAAACUGUUUGCGGUAACAGUAGAAUUGCAUUAUGGUUUUCCUGGAUAUGGAAACACACAUUUGCCAGACUUGGAGAGGACUGGGUUUUCCUUGCUUUAUUAGGUGUUAUUAUGGCUGUGCUUAGUUUUAUAAUGGACAUGGGCAUUACAAUGUGUAACAAUGCUCGUAUAUGGUUGUAUCGUGAUUUAACAGAACAUCCAUUAGCACAAUAUGUGGCUUGGGUUGUCCUUCCAUUCUUCUUGGUAUUAUUCUCUGCUGGUUUUGUACAUAUUGUAGCGCCACAAAGUAUUGGCUCAGGAAUACCAGAAAUGAAAACUAUUUUAAGAGGUGUUGCAUUAAAAGAAUACUUAACAUUAAAAACGUUGAUCGCAAAGUCUGUGGGCUUAACAGCAACGUUAGGAAGUGGAAUGCCUUUAGGAAAGGAAGGUCCUUUUGUGCAUAUUGCAAGUAUAGCUGCAACUUUAUUAAGUAAAUUGGUGACAAGUUUUCAAGGAAUUUAUGACAAUGAAUCAAGAAAUUGUGAAAUGUUAGCAGCGGCUUGCGCUGUUGGUGUCGCUAGUUGUUUUGCGGCUCCAAUUGGAGGUGUUUUAUUUUCAAUUGAAGUAACAACUGUUUAUUUUGCUGUACGAAACUAUUGGCGGGCUUUUUUUGCCGCUGUAUGUGGGGCAACUAUUUUUCGAUUAUUAGCUGUAUGGUUUGACGAAGCAGAUACAGUGACAGCCGUUUUCAGAACAAAUUUCCAGCAGGAUUUUCCUUUUGAUCCACAAGAAUUAUUUGUGUUUGCACUUUUAGGAGUUAUUUGCGGAUUUGGUGGAGCAUUUUAUGUAUGGACACAUAGGCAGUAUGUGUUAUUUAUGCGAUCCAGCAAGAAAAUGAAUGCUUUCUUACAAAAAAAUCGAUUUUUGUAUCCUGGAAUUGUUGCUAUUGUUGUAUCUUCGGUAUCGUUUCCAUUGGGCUUCGGACGUUUUAUGGCUGGUGAUUUAACUACUCAUGACCAAGUAACAGGCCUUUUUACGAGCUUUACAUGGACAAAAGAAAAUUUUACAGUCGAGGAAUCGGCUAUACUUAAACAUUGGGUGAACUCGUACAGUGGAAACGUAUUUGUAAAUUUAGCUUGUUUUACAGCUUUUACUUUUAUAUUUUCAAUUAUUUGUUCAACUUUACCAGUUCCCAGUGGAAGUUUCAUCCCUGUAUUUAAGAUUGGUGGUGCUUUAGGACGUGCAACAGGCGAACUCAUGCAUUUAGCAAUGCCUACAGGUGUAGCAUUUGCUAGUCAAAGAUUGGCUCCUAUAAUUCCUGGUGGUUAUGCAAUUGUCGGAGCCGCAGCUUUUAGUGGAGCAGUAACUCAUACUAUUAGUGUCAGUGUAAUAGUUUUUGAAAUUACUGGUCAAAUAACUCACAUAAUUCCAAUGAUGCUUGCUGUUCUUAUUUCAAAUGCCAUUGCUAGCUUUCUUCAACCAAGUAUCUACGAUUCAAUUAUUUUAAUCAAAAAGUUACCAUAUCUUCCUGACUUAUUACCGAGCUCUAGUGGAAUGUACAAUAUUUAUGUACAACAUUUUAUGGUUAAAAAUGUUAAAUACAUUUGGAAAGGGAUAACAUACAAAGAACUCAAAAAUGUUUUAAAAGAAAACAAAAAAUUACGAAGCUUCCCUCUAGUUGAUUCUCCCAACAGUAUGAUUUUAUUAGGUUCAGUUCCUAGAUUAGCAUUAAUUGGUUUAAUAGAAAAACAAAUAGGCAGAGAAAGGCGUUUAGAAGUUGCAGCUAAAUGGCAACAAGAGCGAAUAAACAAAGAAAGAGAAAGGAAACUUUUAGAACAAGAAAGACAAAGGCGACCUAGUAGGUUUGAGGUAACACCAGCACCAGACAUUCUAAAAUUACAACCAACCCAUCAUAAUCCAAUUUUUGGAUCACAGCCUAAAAAAUCAAUUUUAAAGAAAACAAAUUCAUUUACAUUAAAAGGGUUUAGUCCAUUAGCACAAACUAGUCCAAACACAACACCAUAUACAACCGUUACCGGCGCUGAGUCUCGAAUAAGACUUGCAUUCGAAGCUAUUUUCCGUAAAAGUUCCACUCUACAAGACGUAGAACCAUCAAUGAAUGUGUCAGAUAAUAUCAACGAUGAAACAUCAAUACUCCAUCAAAGUACUUUACAGCCUCAAAUAAUGAAAUCAAAUACAAGUAUUCAAUCAAACAUUGGUUCUGUAAUUACUGCUCCGUUACGUGAAGCUGCUGUAAAGCGGCGAGUUACCCUUCCUCGAGAACGUGUAUGCGAUAUGUCCAUUUUUGAACAAAAAGAGUGGCAAGAAACUGAACUUGCUCAACCUGUUAACUUUAGUUUGUGUAAUGUUGAUCCAGCACCGUUUCAACUUGUUGAAAGAACUAGUUUGUUAAAAGUACAUUCACUCUUUUCAAUGGUGGGUGUAGAUCAUGCUUAUGUAACAGCAACUGGAAAAUUGGUUGGAGUUGUAGCUUUAAAAGAGUUACGGCACGCAAUCGAAGAAGCAAACAGUGGUAAUUUAAAACCGCAUCGUAGUACUGAAAACAUUGAUUUAGCACAAUGUACAACACCAUUGAUGUCAGAUAAAGUUCACGAUUAUAUAGAUAGUGUUGAAAAUGAAUUGAACAAUCGUCAUGAGUCCACAGUUACCAGUAUUGACAGUGCAGUUAGUUCAGACAUCGAAAUGGAAAUGAUGAAUACAAAUAAUAAUCGAAAUUCUAAAUGUUAAGAAUAGAUAUAAAUGUUAUUUCGUUUAUAUAAAAGGAGUCACAAAACUAUCGCUUUAAAAGAGUACAGAAAUAUCCAAAAUAAAAUUAUAGAAAGUUCCUUUACAAUUUUUGAAUACGAACUACCAUUAACGAGACAGAAAUCCGUUAAUUAUCGUUUGUAACUUUGAGAAUAUCUCGUUUAAUUGUUAGGCUAGGCUAGCUUAUAAUGAGUGUUCCAAUAAGAACGUCGGUUUUAAAUUUUAUGUAAACAUAUAUAUUUGUGACAUAAGUUUGAAAAAUUUAUUGAAUAAUGAAGUGCACAUCAUGAGAUUAUGAAUGGAAUAAGACAUCGGAUAAAUGACCGCCUCGACUUUGCUGGCACAAGUAUGCUCUUUUCAUGAAAUUUUUAAGCACUGUUGCGCAUAAAUGUUGCGGUGUUUCAGUGUAAAACCGUUGAAUUUCACCUUUUAAGACUUCAAUCGUUGUGCGUUUGUUCACAUAAACUUGUGAUUUAAAAAAACCCUAAAGAAAAAAUUUGGCGGCGGUCAAUGCCGAUUUCUAUAACGAGGAAUAACACGACCAAGAAAUGACUCGUGCAGUAAUUCAACACUUUCUAUGGCUUUAUGGCAUGUUGCACCAUCCUGUUGAAAGUACAUGCUGUUGAGAUUCAUAUUUUACAAUUUUGAUACAAAAAAGUUAGUUCUCAUUUCACGAUAUCGAACAUCAUUCACAAUUAAUGCUUAACCAGCUGCAUUUUCGAAAAAAAAUGAUUCGAUGAUACCUCCAGCUCAAAAUGCACACCAAACAGUGACUUUUUUAGAAUGCAUUUGUUUCUCAACAAUCAUUCGUGGAAUUUCGGAAUCCCAAAUGCGACAAUUUUGACGAUUAACAUAGCCAUCAAGUUAAAAUGGGCCUUGUCACUAAAGAUGAUUUUCGUUGAAAAAUCACCAUCCAAUUAUUAUUGUUAAAAAAUCCAAUUAACAAAGUCUCUCCAUGGUCUUCCGGCUUCAGCUCGUGAGUCAAUUGAACUUUGUACGCUUGAUGUUUCAAGUUUUUUGUUAAGAUUCGACGCAUAGUGGCUAUGGAAACUGGAAAGACCUUCCUGAGCUCUAUGCCGAAUUGACGUGGUUCGACUUUCCUCAACAUUUGCACGCACUGCUACGAUAUUUUCAGUCGAGCGAGCUAGACGAACCCGUGUUUCACGGGAUUUACAGGUCCAGUUUGCUAAAAUUUUUUCAUUUAUCUCCUUAUAGUGGCUUUAUUUCGAGCAUUUUGAUGACCCAUAGUUGUACGUAUUUUGCGACCUGCGACUGUAAAACUUUCACCACUUUGAUAAAAAUUUUUCACAAUAAAAAUUCGUGUUGUGUAUUUUAUCGCUCUAUUUUAAUUAACCUCCAGCUGUCUAAUAACGAACAGGCGAUUGUUUUUGAUUGUCAAAUCAUUACACUUCAAAUGGCGUGCAAAUUAAAACCGGCGGUCUUAUUGGAACACCCUUUAGUUGCUGUUCUCGGGUGAGAUACGCUUAUUUCAUAAAAGGCAUGUUGUGAUACCAUAGAAGAAAGCUAACUCAUCUCCAGACUUAAGAACAGCAGGAGUGCAUUGACAUCAAAAAAUUUUUAAAUCGGAAAUUCGUCAAAAAUGACGGACGCCGAGUCAAUAUUCUCAUGAAUGCUUGACAAUGAUAGAGAGGCUGAGUCAUCGUCUUCUUUAUCUCCUCACAUGACAACUCUCAUAUAAAACGUGUUACACUGGUAGGCUAAAACGUUCAAUGUGUUUGUAAGCGUUUAAUUAAGGUAGUACGAGCACCAA